GCUUUUUUUUGUUCCAUGACCUUGCCAACGAUCAUUGCUCUUCUUCCCAGUCUGUGAAGAGCAGUGAAGAAGGUGUGAGACUUUCGAGGCUCAAGAGAUGCAGAGAAAGAUUAUAUCGGUUGCGGAAAAUUUCCGACUAAAGAGACUGUAUUCUCAAUCAUAUCAGCAACUCAUCUUCUUCUCAUCAGAGAGAAGCGUAGCCCUAACCUCAACUACUGCUCCAGUUGUAGGGACAGAUGAUCCUCUGUACGUCGACAUACCGAAGCCCCGUAGAGACAAGUCCGAAAGGAAGCCAUACCUGUCGCCGAUGAAGGAGUUGAUUCGAAGAGCUAAGAAAGAGAAAGAGGCGAGAAAGGCUCAGCCCGUUAGGAUGCUCGAGGAGCCACCUGAGAACGGAUUGUUGGUCCCUGAACUCGUCGAGGUCGCUCACCGAGUCUAUUGGGCCCGCCAGUCACUCAUCUCUGGCUUGUUCAAGCUCGUGAAGGUUAUCCCGGUUCAACGGUGCAGGUUCUGCACCGAGGUUCAUGUUGGCCAUGUGGGUCAUGAAAUUAGAACUUGCACAGGGCCCGAAAGUGGGCUUCGGAAUGCUACACAUGUUUGGAAAAGGUCAGGAGUACGUGAUGUGGUCUUUUUUCCUAAAUGCUUCCAUCUCUAUGAUCGCGUUGGAAAGCCAAGAGUUGGUCACAAUGAAAGGCACGAUGUCCCUCAAAUUCCUGCCAUCAUUGAGCUUUGUAUACAAGCUGGUGUUGAUAUUGCAAAGUACCACACAAAGAGAAGAACAAAACCUGUGUACUCAAUUGAUGGUAGGAUUGUGGAUUUUGAGUCAGUGAAUGGAAAUGUAGAAGUGAAUGGAAACCUAGAUCCUGAGACUGGUGAUCCUCAGGUUGAUUCCAGUGUGUGGGCCAAAGUAAAUGAGUCAGCAAAAACCUCAAGGCCAGAGAAAAAUAAAGUUUUUUUGGAUGGCUCAAAUAAUAAAGAGAGGAAGAGCUUAAAGGAUAUAAGCAUUGAAACAAUGAACUCAUGGUUUGAAAUGACUUUGGAAGCAAAGAAGAUCAUGGAAAAGUACAGUGUCUGGACCUGUGGAUAUUGUCCUGAGGUUCAGGUGGGUCCCAAGGGACACAGGGUGAGGAUGUGCAAGGCAACAAAACACCAGGCUCGUGAUGGACAGCACGCCUGGCAAGAAGCUUCAAUGGAUGAUAUUGUGGGUCCCAAUUAUGUCUGGCACGUCCGAGAUCCCGAUGGCCCUCCUUUGCGUAACAGCUUAAAGAGAUAUUAUGGGAAGGCACCAGCUGUUAUAGAGCUGUGUGUGCAGGCCGGAGCUCCAAUUCCUGAUCAAUAUAGAAGUAUGAUGAGAUUAGAUGUGAUUCCUCCUGAUCGUGAUGAAGCUGAUCUUGUCGCUUAAAGUGGUGUCCAUUCAGGCAUGUGGAGAACACAAAAACCACACAACUAGAGCUCCUGAUAGUACUGAAAAUUGUCAUCUACUGGGUUGGAGUCUGUUAACAGUUUUGCAUACAGAAAUACAGACAUAUAGUAGUUGGUCUCAAGUUUCUGGAUAUGGGUAGGCGUAUUGGCUCAACUUGCAGUUGAUGUUUUACUACGUUAUUUUGGCACUGGUGGUUCAUUCUGAUCUCCAUAUGUGCUUGUAAAUACUGCUCACAUAUUGACUGUCCAUGUGAAAGAGGAGGAAUGUGUAUCCAGAUCGGGGAAGUGGGAUGGCUGGAAAUGCCUUCAGCCUGCCAGAAAGCAAAGGUUGAUAUUGUCAACAUGGUGGAAUCGGCGACAAACGUGGGGAUCUGAGCAAAGCAGUGGUGAGUAAAUUUCCAUGUUUUACAAUGUAGAGCUUCUAUGUUCGUGCCUCACCAUUCUUUGGCGACCAACAACCUCAACUGGAUCCACUUUAGUUUUUCUUGCCUUCUGUUUUUAAGAUCAUAUUUGAAAAGUAUGCCAUUCUUCUGCAGAGAAGCAAACCCCUUGAUACAUGUAAUUAUUGGCUGCACCUAAGAAAUUAAACCCCUUUGGUAUUCGCAGUACCACUACGCUCCCAACGUAUGUCAUGUGGGAAGUGCUUGAAUAGUACUGCUCAAUUUAUGCCGCCCUAUUUAUGUCCCUCCUUGAAGAUUGGUUUGCUUUGACGUUAAUCCUUUCCUAAGGACUGAAUCCUGGGAAUUGGAUCAUUGCUUUCGGGAUUAGAUGCUUGAAUGAUGAGGGCAUUUCCUGCAGCAAAAAGCUUCAUGGCAGGCGUUUCAUAUCCAUUGUCAUUGGCUGCUGAGGCAUGAUGUUGUAUACAAAUGGGAUAUGCUCUAAAAACAGUCAGUUAGCCUCUUUUGUUGUGAAUUCUUCCUUUUUCAAUUUAGUCAUGAGAAAAUACGGAACCGGAAGGAAAUUGGAUCCUACAUGGUGUUCUCAAUAUGAUGUAAGAAUUUUCUUAGAUCCCCCAUUACAUCUCUGCAAAAACUUAAUUCUCUUGAUUGGGGUAUUAUUAUAGCAUCUUUUGCAACUGAUUUCUGGAUAGAAAUGCCGCCAAAAGGAGAUUGAACAAACUAGUCUAUGUUGGGCUUAGAUAAAGAAUUUUGACUAGGGGGAAAGAUUUUCUGUGGUGUUUUUACUUUUUACCUUGGUUGCUUGUGCAAGGGCCAUUGUUUCCCAAUCCGCUGUUGCUUAUUUUUCUCUCACAUAAUCUGUUGUACAUACACUUUAUGUAAUGGCAAUUUCCAUUUUAAUACCC